CAGAUGUAUUUCACACAUGUUAAAUAUAGGACUCUACUCGCGGACUCACAUUUGCACACAUGUUCAUGGCAUGUUUUUUUUUGCAUGAAGAGCAUAGAAUCAAAGAAGAGGGUGUAAAAGCGUGCCAGGAGUAUUUGAUCUCUCUUGUUCUGCUGUUGGAUUAAUGCUGUCACAUACAUGAUGGUGCAGUUGUGUUUGCAUUGGCUGGUUCUGCUGUUUGGACUGCAGUUUGUUUUGUCGCAGCUGGAUGGUCUUGAUGAAGAUCCAGAAAGAAAGGGGAACAGAAGAAGCAAAAAUAAACCUAUAACUUCUAAUGUCAUCCCAAAAAACAACGACGGGGAUUGUAAUUUGGAGCUGGCGUUCUUAGUGGACAGCUCGGAGAGCGCCAAAGACAACCACGCUCAGGAGAAGCGCUUCGUUACUGAUCUUGUGGACCAGAUCCAGAACAUUCGCCUUCAAACCGAGCAGAGCCUGAACUUCAGAACUGCCCUCCUGCAGUACAGCAGUCACGUGAUCACUGAGCAAUCCUUUAAGGAUUGGAAGGGUGUGCCCACUUUUCACGACCGCAUCGCACCCAUUCCAUACAUAGGGCAUGGCACCUACACCACCUAUGCCAUCACCAACCUCACACGUAUAUACCUGGAGGAAUCUGGCCCUGGUACAGUGAAGAUAGCCAUCCUGAUGUACGACGGCGUCUCUCACCCAAAAAAUCCUGACAUAUUCUCUGCUUUGGCUGAUGCUAAGAACCAGGGGAUUAAAUUCUUCACAGUAAGUUUCACACCCUCUGCCAAUGUGGAACAGUUGCGUCAACUGGCCAGUUCUCCAGCCGUCCGCUUCGUACACAACCUACAGGACAAGGCAGUUGUGGACAAGAUAGUCAAAGAAAUUACUGAAGUGGUCAAUGAUGUGUGCCAUCUUUCACCACAAUGCACUUGUGAGAAAGGAGAAAAGGGGGCCGGUGGACCUGCUGGUAAAAAGGGUCGACCUGGAGAUAAUGGAAGCCCAGGACCCAAAGGACAGAAGGGGGAGAGUGGGUUCAGCGGUCCUCCCGGACGAGAUGGUUCAGAGGGGAAACCUGGGGAAAGAGCAGAGAAGGGUGAACGAGGAGAAUGUGGAACACCAGGAAUCAAAGGAGACAGAGGUCCUGAGGGUCCCGUUGGUAUCAGAGGAAGUCGAGGACUGCAGGGUUUAUCUGGACCCAGUGGGGACACCGGCCCUGAGGGCCCACCUGGCAAAAAAGGGGAGAGAGGCUUUCCCGGACCACCAGGAAUCCAGGGUGAGACUGGGAUUGGCCUUCCUGGACCAAAGGGUGAUGUGGGGUUACAAGGCAGACUGGGUCCUCCCGGGCCUCCCGGGCUUGGGGGGCCAGGCCUACCGGGACCACAGGGACCUCAGGGUAUACCAGGGGAGAAGGGACCGCCAGGAGAAGGGUUUCCAGGGUCAAAGGGAGAGAGGGGCCUGGAGGGGCCAAAGGGACCCAGAGGGCCAAUAGGUCCAGCUAUUAAAGGAGAAAAGGGUGAUGUUGGUCCUUAUGGGCCCCCAGGACAAGUUGGGCUUCCUGGAUCAGGCAUCCCAGGAGAGAAGGGUGUGGAAGGACCACGUGGACCCCCCGGAAGCAGAGGGCCACAGGGUGAGGGCUACCCUGGACCAAAGGGGGAUCAAGGUUUACCAGGUGAGAUUGGGACACCAGGAGAUAGAGGACAAGGAGAACAGGGUCCCAAAGGAGAACCUGGAGCUACUGGAUUUUCAGGAUUACCAGGUUUACCCGGAGAGGGCGGAGCUCCAGGACAGAAGGGAGAACCAGGAUCUGCUGGGUCGAGAGGUCCUGAAGGAGCGGCAGGAGUGGGCAUCCAGGGUGAAAAAGGUGACCAGGGUCAGCGGGGAAUCCGUGGGUUAGCAGGACCACCGGGAAUAGCUGGACCCUCUGGAUCAAAAGGUGAGCCGGGCAUCCCUGGCAGACAGGGUUUACCUGGACUCCAGGGACGUGCAAUACCAGGAACAAAGGGUGACGUAGGUCCAUCAGGUCCAGCUGGUACAGUUGGAGAGACAGGAUAUGGACUUCCUGGGCCAAAGGGUGAGCGUGGUGACCCAGGUCCUUCUGGUCCGCCUGGUACAAAAGGAGACGGCUAUCCUGGUCCUGCAGGUCUUCCUGGCGUUCCCGGCCUUCAGGGGGAGCUUGGUCAAGAGGGGAUAGGUUUACCAGGACCAAAGGGUGAUAUUGGCUUUAGAGGAUUGCCCGGUCCACAAGGACCUCCAGGGGAAGGACUGCAGGGACCACCUGGCACAAUGGGAAGGCCAGGCCUUUCUGGGCCUACUGGGCCACCAGGACAAGGCUUACAGGGUCCAAAGGGUGAUCAGGGGUCACAGGGUGUGGCAGGGCCGAGGGGACUUUCCGGAGAAGGAAUCCCUGGAUCAAAGGGUGAUCGUGGAGCACAGGGUGAGAGAGGGCUGAAGGGGAUCAAAGGUGACAUGGGAGAUCCUGGUGUUCCUGGACAAUCGGGCAGAAUAGGAAUGAAAGGGGAGCCGGGACUAACGAGGUCUGAGAUCAUCAAGAUAAUCCGGGAGAUUUGUGGCUGUGGGGUCAAAUGUAAAGAACGCCCUAUGGAGCUCGUGUUUGUGAUUGACAGCUCGGAGAGCGUUGGUCCUGAAAACUUUGAGAUCAUAAAGGACUUUGUGGCUGCGCUAGUCGACAGACUCACCGUGGGCCGAAACGCCACUCGGGUCGGUCUGAUUUUGUACAGCCUUGAGAUACAGCUUGUGUUUAACCUCGCUCGCUACAACACUAAACAGGACGUGAAACAGGCCAUACACAGAAUUCUUUACAUCGGCGAAGGCACGUACACGGGCACCGCCAUCCGCAAAGCUACUCAGGAAGCGUUCUACAGUGCGAGGACAGGGGUCAGAAAGGUCGCCAUCGUCAUCACAGACGGGCAAACGGAUAAAAGGGAACCCGUGAAGCUGGACUUCGCUGUUAGGGAGGCGCGUGCGACCAACAUCGAGAUGUACGCUCUGGGAAUUGUUAACGCCAGCGAUCCGACACAGAACGAGUUCCUCCAGGAGCUUAAUCUGAUUGCCUCGGACCCUGACAGUGAACACCUGUAUUACAUCGAUGACUUCAACACCUUGCCAGCCCUCGAGUCUAAACUUGUCAAUCAGCUCUGUGAGGAUGAAAAUGGAGCGCUGAUCAAUCUCAUUAAUGGUUUCCAAAACGGAGACAAUAUUGAUGGGAACGGCAGGUACAAUUACGAAACCAACACAUAUAAAGGCAACAGAGAGGGUACAGGCACACAUUCUGGAAUAAACCCUGUCACUCAUGAAAGUGGGAGGGGUGACACCUUCGCCCCACCCACUGAUAUUUCAGACAUUACCGAGGAGGUUCAGAGUUUGCCUAAGAAACCAGACGUACAGACUUCAGAGCAGAGCAACGGUAGAGGAGAUACCCCAACAUUUACUGGGGCGUCCACACACGGCAAGCAUUCAUCAGGAAAAUCUUCAUCAUCAUCAUCGACUGUGAUUACAUCAUCAACCUCUGUGCAGUACAUACCAGCCCCUCGACAACCUUUACCUAAGGAGAUUGUGCCACUGAACCCACGCUGUGAGCUGCUCCUGGAUCAGGGUCCCUGUCGAGACUAUAACAUCCGCUGGUACUACGAUCGGCAGGCCAACGCCUGUGCGCAGUUCUGGUAUGGUGGGUGCGAUGGGAACAGCAAUCGCUUUGACACAGAAGAAGAGUGCAAGAGGACGUGUGUGAGAGCAGGAGGCUGAAGUCCAGUGCAGAUCUUUAGUCCAUUAAUGUCUUUUGAUCUUCACCUGCCAAUGCAACUGAUGGACCUGCACUGAAAUACACAAAGUAUAUGUAUGUAUGUAUGUCUGUACAGUAUAUGAAUGAUGCAAUACAGCAGACAUCACAAAACAACAGAGGGCAACAUAUUUUUCAUGCGUUUUAUAUUUUUUUAAUAAUUCUUAAUUAUUCAAUUCUUUAAUAAACCAAUCUGCUCCAAGAUCAGUCACAAAACAACCAUACAUUCUCUAUAUCUCUUUACCAUUAUUGAUAUCACAGGGAUUGCUUGAGCCAAGUUAUCUUUGGAUAGGAAAUUAGUUGCCGUUCACAACACAUGCAAGAAAAGACAGCAUGUAAUUCAGAGUAUGUAAACGCAUACACAUAUUCUACAUAUUUGUGAAUGAAUUAUGCAUCAUUCCACGCUGUGAGCAAUUAAUAUUAUACAUUGUCAAAGUUAAUUUGAGUUUUAUACUUAUGUAAUGAAUAAAACGUGGUCUGGGAUUUUGGUUGUUAAUGUGGUUUACAUCAAUGGCAAAUGUUUGUCAUUUUGUACCUAGUUUGUACUUUUUAAUAAAUGUGUUUAUGUGGAUUAAAAGCUUGGCUUUUCCAUGGUAAACUGAUCAGAAUUAAGAACAGUGUUUUGUAAACAGUCAAUAUGUCUGAUGUUUACCUACUGUAUGAACAUCUUUCCAUGAUUUUUUAAUAAUAGUCUGCAAAGAUUUAGCAAAAAAAUGGGAUUAUUUUGGUUUUGACAGAAAGACGAUUUGCAAUGGGGUUGGUUUUUAGUAGAUUUCUUGGGGUAGCUUUGAGGUUGCACACUGACAUCUCCUGGGCUAGAAUGAAGGUGCAAUUGCUCAAGGUGUUGUGAUGUCAUAGUGUGUCAAACUUUUACACACUCAUUCACUGAGAAUAUUCAGAAUUCAGAGCGAUUCAGAAAAUUAUAUUUCUUACGUCUUUUGUUGUUGUCUUCUUCCAGGACAAAUAUAAGAAAAUUCGUAAAAUCAGUAUACAUUCCUUGAGAAAGAAAAUUAACCAAAAUCUAAAUUAACAGAGUUAAAAAUGUAAAAAAGUAAAAAUAUCUGUCAACGGAAAAAUUUAAUACAAAUUAGGUCACCUCUUUAUUAAGUACUUGUUUCGACUUCUCUUAUCCCAUGGUAC